CUGAGCCCUAGGACCAUGCCCCAGGACUACCUGACAUGAUGACUCCUUGCUGUCCCCAGUCCACCUGGCCAUGCUGCUGCUCCAGUUUCAACUGGCCUGGGCCCUAGGACCAUGUCCCAGGACUACCUGACAUGAUGACUCCUUGCUGUCCCCAGUCCACCUGGCCAUGCUGCUGCUCCAGUUUCAACUGUUCUGCCUUACUAUUAUUCAACCAUGCUGGUCAUUUAUGAACAUUUGAACAUCUUGGCCACGUUCUGUUAUAAUCCCCACCCGGCACAGCCAGAAGAGGACUGGCCACCCCACAUAUGCUCUCUCUAAUUCUCUCUUUCUUUCUCUCUCUCGGAGGACCUGAGCCCUAGGACCGUGCCCCAGGACUACCUGACAUGAUGGCUCCUUGCUGUCCCCAGUCCACCUGACUGUGCUGCUGCUCCAGUUUCAACUGUUCUGCCUUAUUAUUAUUCGACCAUGCUGGUCAUUUAUGAACAUUUGAACAUCUUGGUCAUGUUCUGUUAUAAUCUCUACCUGGCACAGCCAGAAGAGGACUGGCCACCCCACAUAGCCCGGUUCCUCUCUAGGUUUCUUCCUAGGUUUUGGCCUUUCUAGGGAGUUUUUCCAUGCCACCGUGCUUUUACACCUGCAUUGUUUGCUGUUUGGGGUUUUAGGCUGGGUUCCUGUACAGCACUUUGAGAUAUCAGCUGAUGUACGAAGGGCUAUAUAAAUACAUUUGAUUUGAUUUGAUUUAAUUACUAGAUUAGAUAAUCUACUCAAGUGCGGAGUUGCUGGGUUGAUCGUUUUUUUCUGCUACUACCGUAAAGAACUACAGCUGCGUGAAAUAUGCGCACGUACUGUAAGUAGUAUAUUCGGAAAGUAUUCAGACCCCUUGACCUUUUCCAAAUUUUGUUUUGUUACAGCCGUAUACUCAAAUUGAUUACAUUCAAUGUUUUCCCCGUGAUCUAAACACAAUACCAUAUAAUGACUAAAUGAAAACAUGUUUGCAAAUGUAUUAAACAUUUUAAAAAACAUUAUUUACAUAAGUAUUCAGAGCUUUUGCAUGAGACUCAAAAUUGAGCUCAGGUGCAUCCUGUUUCCAUUGAUCAUCCUUGAGAUUUCUACAAAUUGAUUGGAGUUCACCUGUGGUAAAAUCAAUUGAUUGGACAUGAUUUGGAAAGGCACACGCCUGUCUAUAUAAGGUCCCACAGUUGACAGUGCAUGUCAGAGCAAAAAAACAAGCCAUGAGGUCGAAGGAAUUGGCCAUAGACCUCCAAGACAAGAUUGUGUCGAGGCACAGAUCUGGGGAAGAGUAUCAAAACAUUUAUGCAUCAUUGAAGGUCCCCAAGAACACAGUGGCAUUCGUUAUUCUUAAAUGGAAGAAGAUUGGAACCACCAAGAGACUUCAUAGAUCUAGCUGGCUGGCUGCCUGGCCAAACUGAGCAAUCGUGGGAGAAGGGCCUUGGUCAGGGAGGUGACCAAGAAUCCAAUGGUCACUCUGACAGAGCUCCAGAGUUCCUCUGUGGAGAUGGGAGAAGCUUCCAGAAGGACAACAAUCUCUGCAGCACUCCACCAAUCAGGCCUUUAUGUUAGAGUGACCAGACGGAAGCCACUCCUCUGUAAAAGGCACAUGACAGCCAGCAUGGAGUUUGCCAAAAGGCACCUAGACUCAGACCAUGAAAAACAAGGUUCUCUGGUCUGAUGAAACAAAGAUUGAACUCUUUGGCCUGAAUGCCAAGCUUCACGUCUGGAGGAAACCUGUCACCAUCCCUACGGUGAAGCAUGGAGGUGGCAGCAUCAUGCUGUGGGGAUGUUUUUCAGAGGCAGAGACUAGGAGACUAGUCAGGAUCGAGGGAAAGUGAACGGAGCAAAGUACAGAGAGAUCCUUGAUGAAAACCUGCUUAGGACCUUAGACUGGGGCAAACGUAUACCUUCCAACAGGACAAUGACCCUAAGUACACAGCCAAGACAAUGUAGGAGUGGCUUUGGGAUAAGUCUCUGAAUGUCCUUGAGUGGCCCAGCCAGAGCCCGGACUUGAACCCGAUCUAACAUCUCUGGGGAGACCUGAAAAUAGCUGUGCAGCAAUGCUCCCACGUCCAACCUAUUGAGCCCAUUUUAGAAUAAGGCUGUAAUGUAACAACAUGUGAAAAAAGUAAUGGGGUCUGAAUACUUUCUGAAUGCACUGUGGAUGGAGGUAAGACAUUACUGAGUGACUGGCGACACAAUUACAAUUGAAAUUAUUUAGCAUUUACAGUGAGUGUAUUAAACAUGAAGAACCCCAGAAUAGGCUCAAUUCGUCAGGGCAUGGACUACAAGGUGUUGAAAGCAUUCCACAGGGAUGCUGGCCCAUGUUGACUCCAAUGCUUCCUUCCUUUGGGUGGUGGACCAUUCUUGAUACUUACUGGAAACUUUUGCAGUUCUUUGUGUUAGUAAACUAGUGUUCUCUGUGUUAGUAGCCUAUUCUUGACUGUGCACUCUAGAAUAUUGUAAUCAGUUUAACUCUUGAAUUGUUUGUCUCCAAAGAAUUUGUUAGCAGGGCCAUAACCAGAGAAACACUGGCUGUACAAAGAUACCCAAUCGGGCAACCAAACAGCUGCCUCAACGUGCCCAAAUGCCAUAGAUUGUUUUGACUUAAAGCAGUGAGGAGGAACCAGAAAGAUCAGUUUUAGGCUACUGGACCUCUUUGAAGUUUUUGUAUGUGGAUACAGUUUUCAUGUGGAUAGAGUGCCUGGCUUCAUUAAACAGGUUAGGUUAUUUCUUAUUAAAUGGGCUCAUUCUUUUCCUUUGCAGUCACGUAGAGAUGUCCUGGUUUCAUCAUUUGAGAGGCUAUAAUUAGGUGUGGACCCAGAGUAGACAACCUCAGGUCAGGUGUCAGUUAGGUAUGGCUGAUCUGCUGAAGCUGCUGCUGCGUGUGGCAGAGAAGGCGGCCAACGUGGCCCGCGUGUGCAGGCAGGAGGCCCCUCUCUUCCAGCUGCUGGUCCAGGAGAAGACUGGGGUGGACAAGAACAAGAAGUUUGUCCAGGACUUCAAGACGCUAGCCGAUGUGGUAAUCCAAGAGAUGAUCCGCCAUGAUGUUGGAGCUCAGUUUCCCGAAAUUAUUGAUCAUAUACAAGGAGAGGAGUCUAACAAGUUUGAAAAUGGACUAGGUGAGAUUGUGAUAGUCACAGUGUGUGGGACAGAGAAGGAGAGCCUUCUCACGGUUCUGGAUGGGGACCAGAUGGCGGCGACUCUCCUGGCGUGUGCCAUCCACCAGGACGCUACGCUCACACUCACAGACACGGGCACAGACAACUUCCACAUACCCCUCAGCCCCUCUGACCUGGGCAUCUGGAUUGACCCCAUCGAUGCCACUAGCCAGUACAUUGGGGGUCGUGAGGAGGUGGUGGAGGAGGGCUGUCUCUGUCCUUCAGGUCUGCAGUGUGCCCUGGUCCUGAUCGGGGUAUACCUCCGCGCCACUGGGGAACCCGUCAUAGGGGUCAUAAACCAGCCCUUCAACCACAAAGACCCAACAGGCUGGAAGGGGAAGCAUUUCUGGGGAGUGUCAUGUGGGAGUGUCAAAGCCUGCUCGGUGCUCCGACCUAAAGAAAGACCUGCGGAGUGUCCAGGACUAUCGGUGGUGCUGAGCUCCAGUGAGAAGCAGGCGUUGAAGGAGGCCUUGGCCCCUCUGUGUGGGCCUGACAGGCUGAUGUAUGCCUCGGGGGCCGGAUACAAGAUCCUGUGUGUGAUCCUGGGCCUAGCUGACAUCUACGUUCUCUCCGAGGGCAGCACCUUCAAGUGGGACUCCUGUGGCCCCCAUGCCCUGCUCCUUGCACUGGGUGGGGGGAUGCUGGACCUUAAAGAGUGCCUCCGCUUCGGCCACUGUGAGGGGGGGCACCAUGACCAGGGGGAACUGACCUACCACCAAUCCCACUCAGAGAGCCCUGGGGCAGACCGCUGGGCCAACCAGGGUGGCCUGGUGGCCUACCUAGACUGUCAAAUGCUUCAUAGGGUUAUUGGGGAACUGAAAGGCAAGUUUUAAAGGAAGAGGCAUUGAUUAUGGUGAAAGGCACAAGUAGCAGUAUCAUUGCUUAUACAUUCUGCUUAAUAUGUCAAUUUUUGGAGUUUUGUUUAAAAAAAAUCUAUGCUGUCAGUUAUUUUGUAAAAGCUAGAUGUAUAUGCAAAUGUAAAUAUAUAGUAAGGAAUGUAAAAUGGUUAAACUAUCUACAGUAGCUGGUAUGUUAAAGGUGUUUCGUAAAGGAUUAAGCUGCCUCUAACUUCUACAGUUACUGGUUUUCUCAUUGACAGGAAGUGUGUUAGUGGCAAACAAAUCUAACUUCAGGAAAGACCUGGGUGCUGUUUAAGUAAAACUUAUUCCAAAGCAAGAUAAUCAGAAUCGAGAGACUGGUAUGAAUGGGAACAAGCAUGGUUCAGGGAACAGUAGCACACACUGCGUAGCUGAAACAUGCUUUUUGUCUCAGUCAUACCAAAAUGUGGCACAUGGCUAUAACCCUGCUUUUGAUUGGUUAAGGAUCUCUGUUGGACUUACCUGAAUAUUACUUGAUGGCCUAGUUGAAGUUGUGGUAUAGUGGGACAGGGAGACAUAGUAAAUAUCCCAAGUGUCCCCCCUUGACAGAAGCACUAAUGGUGUGUGAGAGCGGAGAGGACUCAAAUAAACUGGCUUCUGGGAAUCCGCAGCAGCCCAGAAAAGGCCUUUUAUGGAAAAGAGGUGCAUUUUACACUGUUUCCAUAGCUCUAGCUGUAUGAUUUAGGAUAAAUCAGAGCAGAGGAUGGAAAAACACGAGGUGUAUAAAGACUGGUUUGAUCUACUGUAUGUUUAAAAUUUGUGUAUUGUAAAACGCCAUUUCAUGAGUGUGCUCCAGAAGUGC